AUGCCCGGGGCGAGAACCGGGCUGCCUUCAAGAUUCGCACUUCACUCUACACCACGUUCGCGCAGUCUUGUUACUUUUAUAUGCACAAUUCGGCGCUUCCCGCCAGCCGUUGGCGAUUCUGGCCACUCAACGGUAGCGAGAGUCGCGACAAUGCUUGCAAGGUGCGCUGUGAGGUUUCACAUCGAUGUGCGGCCUAUAAGAAGGCUCAUCUCUUCGGCUUUCUACUGUCGAAAGCUCUACCUCAUUCACAAACACCGCCACUCAGCAUACGCUACACUCUACCACCCGUUCAACAACCAAGAUCAACAACUACAACGAGAAGUGGCAGAGAACAUGUCAAAUAAGCAAGGCAAGAUCAUGCUUCGUGACACCAGCGAUUACCGCCAGAACCGACCGCGCAACAAGACCGAAGCCCCCAACAGCAGCGCCAACAAAGCUGCCAGCAAGUCCAGUAAUCUAUCGUCGAACAACCGAGCUUUAUCGGUCGCGAGCUCGUACGAUCCGGCAGAGGACGAUCACAACACCAGCGGCGGCGCAUCCUCAAUAGCCAAGACUCCGGAUGUUGUCAUGAGUGGAGGCAAUGGAGACGGCCCUAACGUCCAGGUCGAAAUCGCGUACCAAGAUAAUGUCAAUGAGAACGACAGACACGUCCGGUCUACAGCACCGACCCCACAGCCGGCUCAGGCCCAGGUUCAACCACGAAGCGGCGUUGGCCGUGCAGUGACCAUCCGCCGCCACCGGUAUAAGAGUGUAAGAGACAACCUCCAAGGCGUAACAGAGCCCGCCAUCCGCCGCCUUGCUCGCCGCGGAGGCGUCGUAAGAGUGUCGAGCCCAAUCUAUGAAGAUAUUCGCAAUGUGAUCAGAACCCGCUGCACCAACGUCAUCAAGAAAGCCGUGAUCUACCUUGAGCACGCCAAUCGCACGACUGUCACAGCAGUCGACAUUGUCCAUGCACUCAAUUCUCUGGGAAGCCCAAUUGCAGGCUUUGGCGACGGAGGCCAGAUUCAAGUGCUCGAGAACCAGUAUCGCCCAAAGGCAUUCGAAGAGCAGUGA